AAUUGGCGUUGAUGACGCUGCACUGGGAGAGGAACCAAUCACAUCUUCCCUGCCCCUGGCAGCUGAAACCUCAUUUCUGCAUUUAUCCCGGCGCAGGCUAACACAAGGAUGGAACGCAGAGAGAUAGAGAACAGGCAAAAACAAAAAAAAUGCACAGCACUUGAUAGGCAUCAUUAGCAGGGAACCAGAAGAGCAUCUGACUCUGCAAGCUGUGGACUCUUAAAACUCACACUGCAUGCUCUGUUUUAAUAACUCCUCUCGGAGAUAAAGAGACUGAAAAGAUAAAGGGGGAAGGGAAUGUGAAACAGCCAAUGCAACUUAGCUGGAAGCUUUGAGCAUUAACCCCUAGAGGGAAAGGAAAGGAGGAGUGGGAGGGGAGCUGUGUGAAUACAUAGGAGCACUGCAUCACGCUAAUGUUCAGCUCAGAACAGUAUGCGUCAGCAGUACAUCCACGUUCUGACUGAAGGACGAAAGGAUGAGAGAGCAGCCUGGCUGGUUGGCUGCUGCUUCCAACACCAAGCAAACAGGGAGCGAAGAAGACUAUUAGCAGAGAAAAAUGUUACGGGGCUCUGAUAUCCCUGCCUUUGCUGCUGCCUGCUCUCCUGCUGCUAAAACCACUGGACAAGAAAUUAAAGGCAAAACGAGGAGAACCCCUCAACUCACUACCUCACAACAUAAGGAGCUACAGUGGGAUUUCCACGAGGCAGGAGAAGAAAGGCUGUGAAACCUAUCCCUUCUGCAGACCAAUCUCAAAUCAAGGGCUCAGCACUGAGGUGUGUAUGUUUGUGUGUGGUUUCCUCUCCAGCAUACUUUCAACCAGCCCUCAUUUACUUGUUCUCCUCCUUUGAGAUAUUGAUGGAUUAUUGCUAAGUGUGCAAGAGGCAGGCUGCAGCUGCUGCAUCCACAGCUUGGAAAGCAAAGCUAGUUAAAAAAAAAAAAAAAAAAAAAUCCAGCACGGAGAGAGGAGGGAAAAAAAAAAAAAAACAGUCAAUGCCUGCAAUGUGCUGCCUUUCUCUUUGUACAAAUCAGAAUCCUGCAGACAGUCCGUGUAACGCAGGAAUACCCAUGGAAAAUUAGGCGACUGAGGAGCAAAGAGCGUCCUUCAAGGGAAAUAAAAAGGGCUGGAAGAAUUAAGGAUUGUGAACCCUUCUUCAUUUCCUUUUUUGAAAUCAAUUCAAAUCUGUAUUUCAGUUUCUCUCAGAAAUGGAUAAUCUCCAGUCUUCUGCCAGAUACAGCAGUGGAAUCCAAGGACGAAUAGCUCAACUGCAAAAGGCACCAGUCCCGGGGGAGCAGCAGAAUGAUGCACCUGCAUAGCCAAGUGGGCCUCACUCGCUUCUUACAUUUUUCUUAAUGUGGUUUUUUUUCGCUUUUGCUUUGGGAAUUAAUAAAGGAGCCAUUUUGUCUUUCAACACCUUCAUGACACCCCUUUCACCUACUGUGAUUCUUUCUAAAACGUAAGGAAUCUAUGGAAGGACUGAACCCAGCUCUAUGUUGCACUGGAAAGAAGCAAUGGCACUGAGGAAUUGGAAAUGUUCAUCUUUCCCUAGAAAAAGAAAAGAAAAGCUAAUUGCUUUACUAUCUGGCAUUCCCCUAGUGACCACCACUCCCACCAGUGUGUAGAUGGAAAAGGGAAUUUGCAGCCUCCUGAAGCCUGGUUAGGGCCAAGUUCUCAUUUCCAUGCCAAAUCCCAGACGAUGGUGAAUUAUGAACGUGCCACAUCAUGAAUUUCUUGUGGCUGGUAACUGUGCACCAUACCUGGAAUGCCGUCCUGUUUUCUGUAAUCUACCUCAUGGUGCAAGUGUCGAUCCCCUGUGCAGCAUUUUCGGGGCAACAAAAUUGCCCUUCUGUUUGUUCAUGCAGUAACCAGUUUAGCAAAGUUGUCUGUACGCGUCGUGGCCUCACUGAAGUACCACAAGGUAUCCCAUCUAACACACGGUACCUCAAUCUCAUGGAAAACAACAUCCAUAUGAUCCAAGCUGACACUUUUCGGCAUCUCCACCAUUUGGAAGUGCUCCAGCUUGGAAGAAACAUUAUCCGUCAAAUAGAGGUCGGGGCUUUUAAUGGAUUGGCCAGCCUCAACACCCUGGAGUUGUUUGACAACAGGUUGACUGUAAUCCCCAGCGGGGCUUUUGAGUAUCUUUCUAAACUGAGAGAAUUGUGGCUCAGGAAUAACCCUAUUGAGAGCAUCCCAUCCUACGCGUUUAAUAGGGUCCCGUCUCUAAUGCGCCUGGACCUAGGAGAGCUUAAAAAGUUGGAAUAUAUUUCUGAAGGGGCAUUUGAGGGAUUGUACAAUCUGAAGUACCUUAACCUUGGAAUGUGUAAUAUCAGAGACAUGCCAAACCUCACACCCUUAAUAGGACUAGAGGAACUAGAGAUCUCUGGGAACAACUUUCCCGAAAUCAAACCAGGAUCGUUCCAUGGGUUGAAAGCACUAAAAAAACUUUGGAUUAUGAACUCACAAAUCAACACCAUAGAACGCAAUGCUUUUGAUGACUUGACAUCCUUAGUAGAAUUGAACUUAGCCCAUAAUAACUUAUCCUCCCUUCCACAUGAACUUUUUGCCCACUUGAGGUACUUGGUGGAGUUGCACUUGCACCACAACCCAUGGGAUUGUGAUUGUGAUGUUCUUUGGCUCUCUUCAUGGCUGCGUGAGUAUAUUCCAACAAAUUCCACAUGUUGUGGUCGCUGUCAUUCCCCGCCGCACAUGAAGGGGAAGUACGUGGUUGAGGUGGACCAUUCAUCGUUCCAGUGCUCAGCUCCUUUUAUUAUGGAUGCACCUAGAGAUUUAAAUAUUUCUGAGGGAAGAGUGGCAGAACUCAAGUGUAGAACUUCAGCCAUGUCAUCUGUAAGGUGGCUACUACCUAAUGGCACUGUGCUGAGCCACGCUUCCAGUCAUCCACGAAUUACCAUACUCAAUGAUGGGACGUUAAAUUUCUCUCAUGUAUUGCUUACUGACACUGGAGUCUACACAUGCAUGGUAACCAACGUUGCGGGAAACUCUAAUGCUUCGGCCUAUCUCAAUGUCAGUACGGCAGAACUCAACACUUCCAAUUACAGUUUCUUCACUACCGUUACUGUGGAGACUACGGAUAUGGCUCCUGAAGACAUCUCAAUGAUAAUCAAGCCGGUGCCAACCACUUCCACAGGGUACCAGCCAGCACACACCACAACCACCACAGUGCUCGUCCAGACCACCAAAAUGCCCAAACUGGUGGCAGUUCCAACUUCGGACGCUGGAGAUAAAAUGCAAACUAGCCUGGAUGAGGUAAUGAAGACGACCAAGAUAAUCAUUGGCUGUUUUGUGGCAGUCACAUUGUUAGCAGCCGCUAUGUUGAUCGUGUUUUACAAACUACGAAAGCGGCACCAACAGAGGAGCACUGUGGCAGCUGCGCGGACUGUCGAGAUAAUACAAGUGGAUGAGGACAUCCCAAGUGGGAGUCCCAGAGGAGUAUCAGGUGAGGGGGCAGUAGUUUUGCCAACCAUUCACGACCAUAUGAACUACAACACCUACAAGCCAGCACACCAUGGGGCCCAUUGGACGGCAAACAGUAUCGGUAAUUCUCUACACUCCACAAUUACAACCAUCUCUGAACCCUAUAUAAUUCAGACCCACACAAAAGAGAAGGUACAGGAAACUCAAAUAUGACUUUUUUUCCAAUUAAAAUGCAAUAGAAUGCACAAAGAGACAGCAACUUUUGUACAGAAAGAGAGAGAGAGACACUUUUGUUUUCUUGUAAAUGCUUAUAUAUUAAAUCUAUGGGCUGAUGACAAACAGAUUAUAUUAAAAUUUAAAACUAUUUUCUAACUUGUAAGUUCUAUUUAAGAGGAGAUAUAAUAGAUAGGCAGAAAAAAAAUUAAGAUAUGCUGUUAAUGUGCCAUAAUGACUAAAAUACAAGGCUUAGCCCUGUUUUGAUCAGAAAUCAAAAAUGAUAAACCCUUGAGUGCAAUCUGUUUUUAAAUGAAAAAAUAUGGUGCCCAGAUACAGGCGCAACAUCCAGUUUCUAAAAGAGAAUUCUUUUCUUAAGAAGUCCCACUUCAAUCUUUACAGGUUUAUCAUAUUAAAUAAAAUAAAAAAGGGGGGGAAAAAAAAGAAAAUUUGCACCACAAAUUUGUACUGUGCCAAAUGGAAAAAAAAGUAAAUGCAAUAAAGGAUCUUUUUUGAAGACUUGGAGGGAAAGAAUUUGUUAUACUAAUUAUUUUGAUAUAUUAUUCCAAUAUAAUUAUUUUUCAUAGAUGGUCUGAGGGUAUAUCACUUCCCUCUUCGGUGGCUUUGGAUGUCUACUUUGCAUUUGCCUCCACUCUAAUUCUCAAGUCACCACUAUAAAAAAAACUAUAAAGGUUUAAAGUCUGUUUUUAUUAUUUAUAUUCGCACUAGAUAGAUAGAUAUGGCAGAGGCACAUUGCAGGAUGCUAAAGAGCUGGCGCAUCUUUCCACUCUGCACCAAACUCCUGCAGUUCUAAUUAACCCUUUGCCAGGGUACUGAUGUUUGCGGAUGAGAAAAACAUUUGUUAUAAUGGCACAAAGAGCUAGGUUGGGCUUCAAAUUAAAUUAACCAUUUUGUGUGCAAUCCUGUAGCUAAAAGGGUCUGCAGUACACUUUAUUCUAACAUUUUUUCCAAAUAGAAAAGGGUUAAGAAAUGCUCUGCUAGUUUAACUCAUCGGGGUCUGUUGAUGCAAGGUUAGAAGGAAAUGAUACGCCUAUCAAUAACUGGUCUCUGUUGUUUUACCGCAGCAAAAGCCAAAUCAGCAAUGUCACAAAGAUCUGAGCGAACAAGUAUAGAACAGGUGUCUCUGAUAGAAAACCAUGUCAUACUUGUAAUAGCAAAUACCAUGAGUUAAUUUUUUUUAUUUAUUUUUUGGAAGACUAGCUAUAUGUGGCAGAAGAAGGGGGAGAGGAUGGUGUUAGGGGAAUGAUUGGUGUACAUUUUGAGAUAAAUACAUUGUUGUUUUCCCUUCCCAUAAUGAGAGGACUGUAAAUCGCUGCAUUUGUGUGUGCUGCAGGCCCCUUCUUGUGAUAAAAGGUAUACAGGGACAUUAAAUAUUGCAGAUAAAAAAGCCUAGCAACCGGAAAUGGAGUAGAAAAGACUUCUCUUCCUACGCUGUCUUUCUGCAUUUAAUAAAAACCAUCUCUAUUUGCCACUAUGGGGAGAAAUGUUUUCCUUCAUUGAAACCCUGGAAUGAGGCAGCAUGGGUGUGUAUGACACGCUAACCCUGGCAGUGUGGGCACACAAUGCAAUAUAUUACAGCAGUCACAGAAUGUUGAGGUUCAAACUCUUUUUUAAGAUCUUUCAAAUUUGCUUAAUCUAAUGGAAGGUUGAAUAUCACAUAUUUUACAAAUAAAAUAAAAAAAUCAGACCUUCAAAGUGAUACCUAGCAGGGUUGUGCAGAUGUUUGGCUGUAGGGGAAGACAUAAAUAAGCUAUCUAUAUAGUCUUAUCAACCAGCAGCACAAGCUGACUAAACGGUAACAAAAAUAUUUUCAUUCAUUGAAACAUAAGUUACCAUACAAGGUCAACUUGAGUUCUACUAAAUAUCUCCGUCUGAUCCCCCUUCUUAUUACCAGAUGUCACAUCAGAGCAAAUCUUUCACUGGUUGUAGUUUGCUCACUUCAUUUCUUAGGAAGUUUUUAUAUUUUCCUGCAAUAAAGUCCGUUCAUUUUUAAUCUGCUCACAAAUUUAGAAUAAGUGGUAUGCUUGUGGAUUGUGUGAUAGGGUCUCAGGAGGGAGCAAUCUACAAAUUUACCAUCUGUCUGACAGAGCUGAACAGUGCGUGUAUGAAAUGCAUAUGAAAAGUUUUAUUGUCUAAUGAUGUUUUGUGAUGUCUAUAAUUACACUGACAUAGCCCUUUACAGCAGAGUACAGUUAGGCCUAUGCCACUAAAAUGUGAUUUUAAUUUCAGUGGAAGAGCAAACCCAUAGCUCAUGUUAAUUGCUUGAUAAAAACAUCACGUCCAUAACAAGUUAUAA